AUGUAAAGAAUUCAUAAACCAAUUACCAUAUCUUAACCUAUACUUCAAAGAAUAGAGAGUACUAGAUCAGAUUGUUCUGUUGAUGAUGAUCUUAGUUUUAUUGAAUCUCUUAGAGCUGAAGCUCAAAAUCCUAUGAUUAAGAAUUUUAUGGGUUUGGAUAGCCUUGUUGAUGAUACAAAAGAUUUAGAAGAAUUCCUUAAUUCACUUGAUUGA